AUGUUGAUCUCACAAGAAAUCGUUCUCCCUUGCGACCUCCGUCUGCCGAAUCGGCUUGUCAAGGCUGCGAUGGCCGAGUCAAUGGCCCCGGCCCCAGCACAUGACCCAAAUGACAAGAUGCUGGUUGCGUACAAGGAAUGGGCUAAAGGCGGUUGGGGUAUGUUGUUGACAGGAAAUGUCCAGGUUUCUGAACAGUACCUAGGAGGGCCUAUGGACGUUCUGUCAUCUUCGUCCUCAGGCGACGUUGAAAAAAUCUGGAAGGGGUGGGCAUCUACCUGCCAAGAAAAUGGAACCCCAACAGUCGUCCAACUCAAUCACCCUGGAAGACAAUCGCCACUUGGAGCAGGUCAACGUGGAUUCUUUACAAAGAAUCUUGCUCCAUCAGCGGUGAAGUUGAACUUUGGCAGCAGUUUACUUGCCGGAGUGGCUUCUUCCCUGUUAUUCGGAACUCCAAAAGCAAUGACUGAAGAUGACAUCAGUCUUGUCAUCGAUCAGUUUGUUGCUGGCGCAAAGCUGAGUUUCCAGGCUGGGUUUAAAGGAGUGGAGCUUCAUGGAGCUCAUGGAUAUCUGCUCGCACAGUUCUUAUCACCCAAGACGAAUCAGAGAACAGAUGGUUUCGGAGGCUCUCCAGCCAAAAGAGCCGAGAUUGUGCUUCGGAUCAUUCGUCGUGUCAGACAGGCAACCAGCAAAGAGUUCUGCAUCGGCAUCAAGCUCAACAGUGUUGACGCAUCAUCCAGCGACUCCCUUGCCGACACGAUAGAACAGAUCAGCUUGAUCGUCGAAGCAGGAAUAGAUUUCCUUGAAAUCUCAGGUGGAACAUACGAAGACCCAAAGAUGGCGCAACAAAACGAAACGUCUUCAAUCACAGCCCCUACUAAGGAGAAACAAAGUACACUACAACGAGAAUCGUUCUUCCUCUCUUUCGCUCAAAUGAUUCGGGUCCACUUUCCCAAAGUUGUACUCAUUGUCUCCGGUGGAUUCAGGACUCGAAUCGGCAUGGAAGCAGCACUUCAGUCUGGUGGCUGCGAUAUGAUUGGACUUGCACGACCUGCUGCUGUGCUACCUAGAUUGCCCAGGGAGAUCAUCCUGAAUGAGAGUAUCAAGGAUGUAGAUGCGACAGUGAGCUUGAAGCCGGUCAUUCUACCCAAGUUUUACAGCUAUUUGCACUGGCUCUUGCCCGUGAAAAUCAUGGGAGGCGGCUAUGGUUCUAUGUAUUAUGCAGGGCAGAUUCAACGGAUGGGCGAUGGUCUGAAACCUGUGGAUGCCAGGCUUUAGAGGUACCUUUCGAAGUGAACAGUACUAUUAUCAUGAUAGAAAGCCGUGCGUUAAGUAUUUUAGAAAGAACACCUCAAUGGCUUAUAGAAUACACAAUGUCCC